AGCUGCUCAAAAGUUGUCUCGCGGAGAAAAGCAACUCCGCCACCACAUCACCAGGCUGAAGAAGUUGGAUAUCUUGUCUGACUGGAUCUAACGGCCCGAUUCCACAGUUCCCCACUGGUCGUUCAGACACUUUACAGGUUAUGAGUAAUGGAAGCAGGAUCCGUGGUGUGUGCCGUGUUCGAGUUUCUCCCCAGCGUCUCCGAGGAGCUGCCACUCUUCACUGGUGAUGUCAUCGAGGUGCUCAGUGUCCUGGAUGAGUUCUGGUUGCUUGGUAUCAAAGAUGGCGUCACAGGUCAGUUUCCCAGCACCUUUGUGGAAGAGGUUACCAUUCCCAGCACCAAGCCCGGAGACAGACUGUAUGUGUGCAUCAAUGAUUUCAGCUCAGCAGAGCCGGGCAACCUGUCCCUGAAGAGAGGUGAUGUGGUAGUUGGAGAGGCAGGAGGAUCCAUGGACCUCGGAGAAACCUGGCAGCGUGGUUGUAAUGCCUGGGGCGUCCGUGGUCUCUUCCCCACGUCAUGUGUGAAGGAGCUGAAUCUUUCAGGCCGCUCCAGGCAGCUUUCUGAACGCUCAGCUCAGGCCCAGGCUUCAGAGCUCCCAUGCUACGCCCUGGGCCAGGCCCGGGCCCUUAUGAGCCUCCAUGCGCAGCUCAAUGAGGAGCUGGACUUCCGCGAGGGGGACUUGAUCAUCAUCACCGGCCUACCCGAGCCAGGCUGGUUCCAGGGAGAGCUGGAGGGUCGCAGGGGCAUCUUCCCAGAGGGGUUUGUGGAGCUACUAGCUCCCCUCCGAUCUCCUCAGGAGCCCGUGGACUGCCAGUAUUUGAACAAUGAUUCUGAACAAUUUAGCUACGAGGAAUCUUACAAUGCAGAAGAGGGAACUGAGGAGGAAGGUGUAGAAGAAGAAGAGGUUUUUCUGAAAGAGGUAGAGGAGCAGAAGGAGGCUGUAGUAGAGGAAGAGGAAGAGGAGGAGGGCGGUGUCUAUGUAGUGGCACUGUAUGAGUUUCGGGCCAUGGAACCAGGAGAGUUGGACUUUGAUAUGGGGGAUCGCAUACGUGUUAUAAGCACUUUGGAAGAUGGUUGGCUGGAGGGGGAGCUUCGAGGGCAACGUGGUAUUUUUCCUCAUCGUUUUGUCAAAAUAGAGGACGACGGGCAGAAAACUGCAGAGGAAACAAAUAUUGUUGAACCAGAAGAAGACAAGGAGAACAGCUGUACUUCUGAACACAGCUCAGGUCAUUCAUGUCCCAAUGGGUCAGAGAAUGAUCCUGAAUGGAGGACAUAUGAGGAUCAUACAGUGUGGGACCUGGACUACUUUGAGAGGACUAAGGAGCAGAGGUGGCAAAGUUCUGGAGCUCAAACUAACAACAGAGGACAAAGAGAUGGGGGUAGCAGGCCUGACUCUCAGCCACGUAGACCUGUCGCUCCAACACAGAGAGGGCCUGAGAGACCCAAAUCCACUCCUCCAGCAAGGCCCAGACUCCCAUCUCGGCCUAGCCUGCCUACACGUAGCCAUAGGCACCAUGACCCAUCUUCUGGCACAAAUCGGUCUAGCUAUACUAAUGGAAACACUCGAUCCUUACAGACCAAACUAACCCAUAGCCUAACCCUCCCUAGCACUCAGCAUGGUUGGUCUAAAGACAGCAGAUACUACCAGAGGCCACCAAUGGACGGUGCCACCACCAAUAACAGAAGUGCCAGCCUUGGACAGGCAUUAUUUAACCUUGCUGAGGGCCAUAGGCAGAAGAAGCUAACUCGCCAUGCUAGUAUCAGUGAUGCUGAUAUGAUGAUGGGCAGUGCUGAGACACGGUCACGUUCCCAGCAGACGGUGCGUGGCUCCAAUGGUAUAAUGCCAACAUCCAUCACCUUAGAUGCCCUAGCAACCUCAGCCGGUGACCUUGAGGCCAAGCUAUCUCAGCAGCUUUUCGAAUUUGAGAAAAGCUUGACUACUUCAUAUAGUGAUACUAGCAUGAGUUCUGGUGCUCCCAGGGACAUGUCUUCUGUAGGUGACCUGAGCCAGCAAUCCUGUAUCUCGCGCCACUUUUCUAUUCUGGAGUACAGCGAUGAAAGUGAUAUAAUUCGAGGCUCCUCACAUUCACCACUGUCCCACCUCUUGCAGUCGAACUCUUCCUCUUCCUCACUAGAGAGGCGCAAGACCCUUCGCCCUCCUCCUCCUCGUCCUAGAGUCCUGCGUCCGCCAGCCCCACCUGCAUACAAACCAGCUCGCCCUGCUCCACGUCCCCCUCCUCGUUGCCCGAGACAAAAUACUGCUCCUCCAACCAGCAGCCCCAUCUUCUACACCCCUGACGAACCAGCUAUAAACAUCCUCGACCAAAUAACAGAAAGGCAGACUGAGAUCGGUGACCUUGCAGCUGCCCAAGAACAUGAAAUCCAGUGCCAGCUGGAAGCAGAGAAAGAGCUGGAGAGAGAGAUGGAGUUGGAGAGUCAGAGACAGAGGGAAGAGGAAGAAAAGUACCAGCUGCUGCUACGGCUACAAGAGGUGGAGCAUGACAUGGAGGCAUAUGCACACACAGCGGAGGAACUCAGGGCCAUGUUGGAGGAGGAGGAGGAUGAGACAGCCCGCAUGCAAGCCAUGGAGAAUCUGGAGUUCUGCAACUACACGCUGGAGACACUGGCCCUGGAGCAACAGCAGCUACAAGAGAUGACACUCCUGUCGUCCCAACCCAAACCCCUGGAUUCCACCCCGACGUCGGACUCGCCCCCCAACGCCGGCACGGGCAGCGAGGACCCCGAGCUGAGGAUGCUGGAGAAGAGGUCAAAGGUCAUCGAGGAGCUGCUGCAGACGGAGACAGACUACAUCAAAGACCUGCAAAUGUGUGUUGAGGAGAUCAUCGAGCCGCUGCAGCAAAAGAAGGUGAAGAAUGUGGACUUUGAUGGGCUCUUUGGCAACAUCAACUCUGUGAUUGACCUGUCACAACGCCUGCUUGAUACACUGCAGGACACAGACUCUAUUGGAAAGGUAUUUCUAGACUUCAAAGCUGAGCUGGAGGAGGUGUACAAGAUAUACUGCCAGAACCACGAUGAUGCCAUCUCUCUGCUGGAGAGCUACGAGAAAGAGGAAAACAUCCAGCGCCAUGUGUUGGAGUGUCUGGAAAGACUGAGGGCCAUAUAUCGCAAGUGGGGGAAAACAAAUUACAUCAACCUAGGCUCUUUCUUAAUCAAGCCCGUGCAGCGGGUGAUGCGUUACCCACUGCUGCUGAUGGAGCUGCUGGGGGCCACACCAGAGAGCCACCAUGACCGACCCCAGCUGACUCGGGCUCUGCAGGCCGUUAAAGAGAUCAAUGUAAACAUCAACGAGUACAAACGCAGGAAGGACCUUGUGGUGAAGUACAGGAAGGGCGACGAGGACACGUUCAUUGACAAGAUCUCCAAGCUGAGCAUGCACUCCAUUAUCAAAAAAUCCAACCGAGUCAGCAGCCACCUCAAGCACCUCACAGGAAUCUCACCCCAGAUUAAAGACGAAGCAUUUGAUGAGGCUGAGAAGAGGUUCAGGCUGCAGGAGAGACUUAUCAAGUCUUUUAUCAGGGACAUUUCAUUGUACCUGCAACAUAUAAGGGAAUCAGCAUCUGUGAAGGUCUUGGCAGCCAUCAGUUUCUCUGACAUCUACACAGAGCGCAGUGUCCUCGAACCCCAGCACUUCCAGAGAGCUCACCGAUGCAUUAGUGACAAACAGUUCACGCAAUUUAAAGAGCGCACAGAGGCCUUAGUCAUCAACCCACUCACGCAGCUCCUCCUCAUGUUCGCCGGACCGCACAAACUUAUCCAAAAGCGCUUUGACAAGCUGCUGGACUAUGACAACUGCAAGGAGCGCGCCGACCGCCUCAAGGACCGUCGUGUCCAGGAUGAGCUGCAGGCGGCACGCAACAACUACGAGGCGCUCAACGCCCAACUUCUGGACGAGCUCCCCAAGUUCCACUGUGCGGCAGAGGAACUGUUUACUGGCUGUGUGAGGGCUUUCUCUCAAGCUCAGAAGGACUUCAUGAAGACGACAUUGGGAGAGCUGAAGCCCCUCCUACAUGUUUUUUCUAACAAAGCUGGAACAGAGAGCAACCUGAUUGCACAGUUCCAAGAAGAGUACGGGCGAGUUCUCCAACUUCUGCAGGGCUUUAGCUUCUGUCCGGAGAACUUGCCUCCUGCCACGUCCACAAAAAAGACCUUUGAGAAGAAAACUCUGGAGAAGCAGACCUGUAAAAAGCAACUGCAGGGACCUCCGAACUGCAUCAUGCAGACAGAUGAGCACCGUGCAGGACUUCUUGUACGCUAUGGUCCUGAGAAACUUUUCCAGGCAGAGAGAAACUUCAAUGCUGCUCAGGAUCUGGAUGUCUCUAUACAAGAGGGAGACCUUGUGGGUGUAAUCAAGCAGCAGGACCCCAUGGGUAGCAACAACCGCUGGCUAAUUGAUAAUGGAGUCGCCAAGGGUUUUGUGUACAGCUCCUUCCUCAAACCCUACAACCCACGCAGGAGCCAGUCAGAUGUGUCCAUCGAGAGCCAAUCGUCCAAUGAGUCAGGCUACGGCGGCUCCUCCCCUGUUUUCUCACGUCAAAACAGCAGCAGCACACUGACCUUUAACCAGGAAACGGCCACCGUCAGCUUUUCCACUUCGCAGCCCCAAAGUCAUUCAUCGCCACACCCUUCGUUGGACUCUGCCUCAUCUCGUAGGAGUCACCACAGAGAUGUACCCAACCCUGACUCUGCCAGUCAGAGCAACUCCAUAAACUCCUCGCCCCGAAAUCCCUCAAACCGCAGGGAAAUCUCAGACCAAACACACCGAAAUUCCCCCAGUCACAGAGACACAGAGCCUUCUUACCGGCAUUCAGGCAGCCACGGGGAUGCGUAUGAUACAAGUUAUGCAAAUCAGAGCAGCCAGAAGGAGAUGUCAGACCUCUCAGAGACAGACUCUUAUUCUUCGCACAGAAACAAUCGCUCACAGCGGUAUGGACACUCAGACAAAACCUACAGUUCAUACCAGUGGAAAAAUGGAGAUAAUAGUGGCCAGAAGAGGUCUACAUACUCCAGAGAUGAGUACAUCGAGCCGGAGGCAGAGCCAGAAUCAGAACCAGAACACGAGAGUGAAUUAGAUGGUCAUCAGAUUUACUACGCUCUCUACUCCUUUGAUGCCCGUUGCUCCAAUGAACUGAGCAUCUCAGCCAAUCAGCGGCUGCGGAUACUGGAGUUCCAGGACAUGAACGGCAACAGUGACUGGUGGCUGGGGGAGGCAGGAGGCCGGCGAGGAUAUGUGCCUUCCAACUACAUCCGCAAAUCAGAAUAUACAUGAACAAGUUUUAUCAUAUGGACGAUAACUGAGACUGUACUUCGACCUUAAGAAGACUCACUCUGUGAGUAGACAGAACAAAAAGACAAGGCACCUGGACACGCUGUGACUUAUUAUUGAUCUGUUGUCAUGGAGUUUUAUAGUGAGAAGGACUGACUAUUGGUGCUGACUCUGCUGAAAGUUAGCAUUAUAUGCCUAUAUUUAUACAUUUUUAUAUUAUUUUUACUUACUGGAAAUUGCACCCUACCCUCUCUUGUUUCAGUGAAAAACCUGUGAAUUGCACCAGAUUUUUGCCAUAAUCUGGAGCUGAAGACAUUGAAUUAUAUGUUUAAGAGAACAGUCUUAAAGGUUAGCACAUUGGAGAUUGCAAUGGAAAUGUGAAUGUUUUGGGUUCAGACUGAUUCUUCUAAAAAAAACAUCAAGUGGUAUUCAGACAGACUGACCUAAACAAUGUGUUAAUUGACUUUUUUCUGCAUGUGGCUGAUUAUACUACUAGAAUGAUGCAUGGAUAUUAGAUGCAUUUAUACCAUACCGUUCAACAAUCAAGGUUUGAGGCACUUAGGAUGAUUAUCCACUGGUUGCUAGUUUUGAAGUGUCUGUGGAGCCACCAACAAGAAUUUGGAGUGUUGUAUGAACUAUAUAAAUUAAAAUCAAGGACAAAAUUGAAUGGCAUAUGAUAUAUGGUUUACAAGCACUCCCCUUGUCAGUAACCUGAAUACAUUUUUUUAACUGGGUUGACACUGUGCAAACAGGGGAUGACAGGGGAUGACCUGUUUGCACAGUGUCCUCCUCUUACCUGUAAGAGGAGUUUAAUGAACAGGGAGAGAGAGACUGUGGUCUGAUCUUAACUCUUAUUUCUCUACAUACUCCCCAUGUACAUUAUAUAUAGUGCUGUAUAUUAAGAAUAUGCUAUUGCUCCCACUGUAAAGUGAUCACUGUUUGAAUAAAAAACAGCUCAGCUGACAAAUCA